GUGUGUGCGGGCAGGGAGGGGGAGAGAGAGCGCGGACUCAGCUCUCCUUCACACUCGCCCGGAGUAUCUGUCUGGCUACACGCGUCCGAGCUGCAGAAGCCGCUGGUUCCGCGGCCAACAAGAAUGAGCCGCUUCCGAUAAAGGACGGACCGCUUGCCCGCGACCUUUCUGCUCCUUCCGAACUUUAUUGAUCCCCCCCACCCCAUGUCUCCCCCCCCUUGUUUCCGCGCUCUCCGCCCGUGCCUAAUGGAGGGCCCCGUCCGGAUCGGCCAGCUCAAGAAUGCGCUCCCCUGUUCCGCCCGGCUCGCCGCGGCUCGCACCCCCCUGUGAAAGAGCAGGUGUCUGCUGGGGUCCCGGGACAGGCCUGUGGAGCGAGCGUGCGCUAUGGACUCCAGUCUGGGGGCCCUGCCUCGGCUCGUGUGCCUCAGUCUGAGCCUGGCCUCCAUCCUCGGCUGCUCAUGUGCCCGGCUGUCGUUCCGAGAGGAGCCCGUCUCUGCCACCCAGCGGCCGGGGGGGCCCGUGCUCCUGCGCUGCUCGGCCCAGCCCGAAGAGGCGCGGGUGUCCUGGCUGUGGGAGGGACGCCCGCUGGACCCCGCGGCCCUGCCCCCCGAGCUGGAGCUGAGGCCCGGCGCGCUCGCCAUCCGCGCUCUGCACCCGCCACACACUGGCCGCUACUUCUGCGUUGCCCAGCUCGGGAGCAGGGCCAUCGCCAGCCGGAACGCCCACAUCACCAUCGCAGAGAUCUCGGCGUUCAGGGAUCUGCCCCGGCGGCUGGUGAAGGCGGAGGAGGGCGGCACGGCGCUGAUCCGGUGCCAGCUUCCUCCGAGCACCCCUCCGGCUGUGCCGCGGUUCAGGGUUCGAGGGCAGUGGCUGGAGCAGUCCACAGGAGACUUCUUCAUUUUUCCGUCUGGGAGCCUUCAGAUCCGGGCCGUGUCGCCCCAGCACCAGGGCACGUACAGGUGUGGGGCGCACAACCCGGUGACCCAGGAGACCAGGCUGGAGCCCCACGGCCAGAGGCUGGCAGUCACACGCCCGGCCGACCCCGCCGCCCCCGCCCCCCUGCGGAUAGUGUACCCCACCUCCCCGCAGACGGUGUCCGUGGUCAAGGCGCAGCCCCUGGUCCUGGAGUGCAUCGUGGCGGGACGGCCCGCCCCCGCCGUGCGCUGGACCCGGGAGGGGCGGCAGGUGGCUCUCGGGCCGGGCCGGAGGCUGCAGCACCACAGCCUGGUCCUGGACAGCGCGGCGAGGAGCGACGGGGGCGCCUACCGCUGCUCGGCGCGGGACCAGACGGGCAGGGUGGUCAGCGCCGAUUACACCGUGGAAGUGCUCGAGCCGGCCUCGGUGUCACAGGGACUGUCGGACCGGUCUGUGUCUGUGGGCUCGUCUGUGAACUUCACCUGCGCGUCCAGGGGAAACCCCGCCCCCAACGUCACCUGGCUGCUGGACUCCGCCCCCCUCGCGCCCUCGCCCCGCCUCCAGCUCUCCGGCUCCUCCCUCCGCAUCGCCUCUGCAGGGCCCCAGGACCAGGGCGUGUACCAGUGCCUUGUGGACAACGGGAUUGGCUCUGCCCAGUCCUCUGGGAUGCUCACCGUCCAAUCAGCACCCUUGGAGACCAGCACAGUGGGUGUGGCUCCCGAAGCUCCGCCUUCAGCUCACCCUGUCCAGAGUGAUGAGGGGGAGGAGCCACCCGCGCAGGAGGAGGGGCUAGGAGGCAGCCUGGCCCCACCCACAGAGAGGACCAGCGACACGCCCACCCCUGAAGCGCCAAUCAUCACCAGCCCCCCACAGACUCACAAGCCAGACGUGUACGACCUGGAGUGGCGGGCCGGCCGGGACUGGGGCAGCCCCAUCAUUGCCUACUUCGUGAAGUACCGAAAGCUGGACGAGAUGGGCACUGUGCUGGGAGGCUGGCACACGGUGCGGGUGCCGGGCAGCGAGAAGGCCCUGCGCCUGUCUGAGCUGGAGCCCUCCAGUCUGUACGAGGUCCUCAUGGUGGCCCGGAGCGCCGGCGGGGACGGCCAGCCCGCCAUGCUCACCUUCCGCACCGGCAAGGAGCGCAGCGGCCCCUCCAGCAGGAGCCCCCAUCCGCAGGGCCCCUCUCCGCCUGCGGGCAGGCCCGAGAAGCUGCCCGCCAGCGAGGCCCUGAACACGCACUUCGGGGUGGUGGUGCACGACCGGGUGCCCGAGGCUCCAGACCGGCCCACCAUCUCCAUGGCGACGGAGAGCUCGGUGUACGUCACCUGGAUCCCGCGGGCCAACGGCGGCUCCCCCAUCACCGCCUUCCGGGUGGAGUACCGCAAGCAGGGCCGCAGCGCCGACUGGGUCCCCGCGGCCGACAACAUCUCGCCGCUCAAGCUGUCCGUGGAGGUCCGGAGCCUGGAGCCAGGGGCAACGUACCGUUUCCGGGUGAUCGCCAUCAACACCUACGGGGAGAGUCCGCACAGUGCCCCCUCCAGGCCGUACCAUGUGCCUGCAGUCAGCACGCACUUCACCACCCGUCCUGUCGCCGGCCCCCACAUCUCCUCCACCGACGCUGUUAGCGACACUCAGAUCAUCCUGCGCUGGACCUACACACCCUCCAGCAACAACAACACCCCCAUCCAGGGCUUCUACAUCUACUACCGCCCCACGGACAGCGACAACGACAGCGACUACAAGAGGGACGUCGUGGAAGGCAACAAGCAGUGGCACCUGAUUGGCCAGCUGCAGCCCGAGACGUCCUAUGACAUCAAGAUGCAGUGCUUCAACGAUGGUGGAGAGAGCGAGUACAGCAACGUCAUGAUCUGUGAGACCAAAGCCAGACAGGCCCCCGGCGUGUCUCCUGGAGGGGGGGCCGGAGCGGUGACGCCCCCAGGGCCCCCGGAGCGGGGGGGCGGCGGCGCAGGCGGUGUCCAGAGCCAGCGGGGAGGGGACAUGCUGUACCUGAUCGUGGGCAGCGUGCUGGGCGUGAUGGUCCUCAUCCUGCUGGCCUUCAUUGCCAUGUGCCUGUGGAGGAGCAGACAGCAGAGCAGCCUGCACAAGUACGACCCUCCCGGGUACCUGUACCAGCCCGCGGAGAUGAGCAGCCACGUCCUGGAGUACGCAGCGCUGCCCGGCACCAGCCACGCCAACGGCGGCCUGCGCCCUCUGCCCGGCGGCUGCCCACACCUGCACCACAAGCUGCCCGGCGGCCCGCCGCUGCUGGCUGGCGCGCACCGCCCGCACAACGGGGGCGGCGUGUACACGGCGCUGCCCCAGUCGGACCCCUCGGACUGUAUGAGCUGCCAGAACUUCUGCAACAACAACAGAUGCUACACAAAGACCAACGGGACGUUCUCUAAUGGCACUCUUCCCAUGAUGCAUCACAUGUCACCCUGCCAGCAGGAUGGGCUGGAGAUGAUGCCCUUGGCUCAUGUGACCCCGGGCUGCGACACCCCCACUGUCCCACAAUGCCCAGGGGAACUGGGCGAGGAAGGGGAGAAAGGCAGCAUGACCCUUCCGCCUUCCCAGCAUUCCUGCUGCCAGGCAGGGGAAUACUGCCAGCUAGGAGGGAGAGGUGAGGAGCUGCACUGUCGGGAGGCGGAGGGACCUGUGCUGGUGUGCUGGGAGACUCGGGGUCCGCCGGUCCUGGACUGUCCCGAGACGGCGGGCUGGAUCUCCACAGGCACGGCCAUGGACAGAGCCCUUGGGGACUUCUCACAGCCGGAGCUGCUGGAGACCUGAAGGUCUGCGGCCCAGGAGGCGCCGGGGUGUGAGUGGCUGUACAAGGACACAGGGAGCCCAGGAGCAGGAGGGAGGAUCAGCGUGCACAAGCGAGGCAGGAAAACAGCAGUGACAACUUUUUAGACACUUAUUUAUUUUUUGUAGUAGUAAAAUAUUAUUGCAUAUGAAUGUAUCUGUUUUAAGAAAAAAAAGUUUGUCUUUUCUAUUAUUUAUGCUUUUUGAUGAGAUUUUUUUAUUUUUGUCUUCCACACAGUGGGGAGUUUAGCCUUUUUCUGUAUAAAGUUUUGUAAUAAUAUAAAGAGAA